UACGUCAGCUCGCGGCGUCUGCGCAUGAUGUAACUGGCCGGCGCCGGUAGAAAGGAGCGCCCUGCGGCACACGUGGGUGGCGGAGCGGCGGGCACGCACAUGGCGAGUUGCGCGGCGCUGGCGGUGUGCGGGCAGGCGCUGGUGGUGCGGGGUGGCAGCCGGUUCCUGGCCGUCUCCACUGCGAGCAGUGAUGUUUUUAGCCUCUUCACAUAUGAUUGCAGUACUGCAGAAAAGAAGCCAGAAGAAAAUAAAGGGGAGGAUGGCCGGCCCAUGGAUCAGGGGAGCGACAUGAUUCUAGCGUCCACCUUCUCCACAUCUGGCAGCUAUUUUGCUUUAACUGAUGACAGUAAGCGUCUGAUUCUUUUCCGUACAAAACCAUGGCAAUGUCUGAGUGUCAGGGUAGUGGUGAGGAGGUGCACAGCUCUGACCUUCACAGCCUCUGAGGAGAGGGUCUUGGUGGCCGACAAGUCUGGAGACGUCUACUCCUUCUCGGUGCUGGAGCCCCAUGGAGGUGGCAGGCUGGAGCUCGGGCACCUGUCCAUGCUGCUGGACGUGGCUGUGAGUCCUGAUGACCGCUUCGUGCUCACUGCUGACCGGGAUGAGAAGAUCCGCGUCAGCUGGGCCGCUGCACCACACAGCAUUGAGGCCUUCUGCCUGGGGCACACAGAGUUUGUGAGCCGGAUCCUCGUGGUGCCCAGCCAUCCUGAGCUGCUGCUGUCCUCCUCAGGGGAUUGCACCCUGCGGCUCUGGGAGUACAGAAGUGGCCGCCAGCUGCAGUGCUGUGACCUGGCCAGCCUGCAGGAGCCGGUGGAGCCUCAGGGCCCCAAGAGGUUUGCCGCAUCCAGGAUUGCAUUCUGGGCCCAGGAGAGCUGUGUGGCACUUCUGUGUGACAGCCUCCCUGUGGUCCUCAUCUUCCAUUUUGAGGCCAGUGGACAGCAGCUGGCGUUCAGACAGCAGUUGACUUUUCCACACCGGGUGUGGGAUGUGGCGUUUGAGGAGACCCAGGGCCUGUGGGUUCUGCAGGACUGCCAUGAAAGCCCCCUGGUGCUCUGGAGGCCUGUGCGUGGCCAGUGGCAGUCUGUUCCUGAAAGUGCUGUGUUACAGAGGCUGGCCAGUCAUCUCCGUGGACACUGGGCCAUAUUGGAAGGCUCUGUUGGUGCUGCAGAUGGCUUCCGCAGCCUGUACAAGGCCACCUUUGACAACAUGACCUCCUACCUGAAGAAGAAGGAGGAGAGACUGCUGCAGCAGCUGGAGAAGCAGCAGCGCCGGAAGAGCCCUCCUCCAGGGCCCCCUGGAGGGACCAAAAAGGCCCGCUCAGGGCCGGCAGCCUUGGGCUGCUGACCUCUGUCUUGGCGGGGCUCCCCACUGACAGUACAAGCAGCUCUUGGCCCAGCACCUCCCUUUAGAGGGAAGAGGUGGCAGCCAGGUCCCACUGGCUCAGUGGACAGUCUGUGGUCGCCAGGCUCUAGAGUGUCCUCAUUGCUGGGUGCAGGCUCUUGCCUGGAGUCCGUUCCUCCCCACCGGGAAGCCAUGCAGUGACAGCUGAGCUGGAGAGUCUGCACAGGGUGGUGGGAGUGCCUUGGGCACUGUGUCUUCCUUUUGGAGGAAAUAUACUACCCGUGGCGCUGGCGGCUACUUUGUUGCUGUGUCCUCAGUGCUGUCUGCCAGGUGCGUCUUCCUCCUGGGAAAUCAGGCACAGCCUGGCUUUCUGCCCUCACAGUGCCUCCUCGUGGGUGCUGCCGUGCAGCUCCUCUGGGGUGCUGUCCCUGAUUCAUGUGUGCAGUAGCUGGGUGGUGAGUGGCUAUGUGCAGCGCAGCAGUGAUGUGUCCCUGGGGGAGCUGGAUGGCGCUGGCACAGGAGGGGACUUUGUUGAAGGCGUCUGUGGAUGUGGCCCUGGCGAGGACCUCAUUUCACAGGGAAGUGAUUGGUGACGUGUGUUUUUGUGCCUUUGACUUGGACUCUGCUCACUCUGCAGAGUGGCAGGGGGUUCUAACGAAGGGGAGCUUUUGUGGCUUCCUGCAAGUGUGUGGGGCAGUGUGUGGAGCUGGCCCAGGUGUGAGGUGGGUGCUGUGUGGAAGUCGUGUUUCUCAGUGCAGGUCGUGGCUGUGCCAGCCUGGCCACUGAACCCAGCUUCUGCCCACUUUCCGUGAUUCUGUCUCAGACCCAGGCCCAGCGUGGGUGGGUGAGGACGUGGCCAUUUAAGCAGAUUUCUGCUGUGCACCAGCAGUUACGGAGCUUUGGCUUCUCCCCCAGUGCCCUGGUCUCCUUGGACCCCAGCCUGGAAGCAGCAGUGUUGUGGARUGGCUGGGCCCACUCGCCUUCACGGGCAGGAGGGGCUGCUGUGUGGAGGGGCCGUGUCCUGUGUGCUGCAGGCCCUCUGAACAGGCCUGUCCUCAGUGGUGGUGUGCAGUUCUUGGUGUAGGAGAAACUCAGGUGUGGUCUCCUCCAUGCCGGUGUUUUGGGAACCCUCUGAGCUUGCAGCCUCCCUUCUCCCUGGCCCCCCACCUUUUACGUUUUAUUUUGAUUCAGUGUCUUGCCAGGUUUCUGAGGCUGGCCUCAGACUACGAUCCUCCUGUCUCGGCUGUUAAUACCUGGGCUCUGCUUGGUGCUGUGGCAGCAGGUGUGGCAGGACCAGGAGCGCUAGCGGACGAUUCUCGUCCCCCUUGAGAUCCUGUUUAAGUUGUGUGUUUAAAAAAAUGAACUGGUUUGCUUCUUGGGAAACACCUUUCCUGUUCACCUGGCUCCUCCUCCCAGCCAGAGUAGACACGGUCCUCCGUCCACGUUGUUCCAGCCAGCGCUCGGGUUGGUGGCCAGGCCCCUUCGGUGUCUGGUGAGGAGACUCACAGACACAGCUUCAGGGCAGUACUGCAGAGCCACGGGCAUGAUGUGAGGAGAGGCUGCAGUCGGGCGGGACCACCCGUCUUCCCAGUGGUUGCUCUAAAUCACUCUGAUCCUUACCAAAGUCAUGCCCGUAGGUGAUAGGCCAACGGGCAUCUGUGGCCUGCUGUCUCCCCUCCCGUGGUUCCUGACCUUGUUUCUUUCUCCAGAGGCCAUGGUGUUUGGUGGUAUUCCCGGCCCGACACCCAAGUGACCCCCAGGGUCCACUCACUGGGUCACUCUCACAGAAGUUGCUGUACACACACUUGAGUGGUGCUGUCCACGUGCUCACGUGGAUCCGAGUGCGCCUUUGCCCAGCGCUCGCUGCCUGGUUUCCAGGUGGAUUGGCCACGUGCCCUCUUGGCACUGCCUUUCCCUCUCACAGGGCUGUCCUCUUGUCUGCUCAGUGGCUCUGGCUCACCUGGCCCCAUGGCCAGGAGUGGCUUCCAGCUGGACCUCAUAUCCUGUGGGGUCCUGGGCUUGCUCCCUGCCUUUAGGGCCCCUAAUUCCUAGCAGAAUGGGGGGCUUUAUUCCAGCUGGCUCUGAGAGCCUGCGCUCAGGUGCUCCCAGAUGUCCCAGGAGUUUCUCCUGUGGUAGGUUGGCAUCACCCCAGUGCACAUGCUCUCUGUAACCCCUCACCUCGCAGCAGCACCCCCCUACUGUUCCCUCCCCCAUGCCUGCUUGCUGGGCAGCUCGCUCAGAUCCUGCCCUGCCACCCGACCGCUUCUGCAUCAGUUUCACUACUUGUGUAAAGAUUUGCCCUUACGCUCCCUUAGAAUUUUAUCCUUGUUUCAUCGUUCCUAUUUUUUUAAAAAUUGUUCUUAUUGUCAGUGGAUCUUUAUUUUAUUUAUUUUUUUGUGUUGCUGAGGAUCA